CUACUCCUACUGCCGGUUUGUUAUCAUACCGAGGAAAUUUUGAAAUCAUACUUUGAGGAAUUAAAAAAUAAAUAAAUAAAUGAAUUUCUACGUGUUUUGUACAAAACGCAUUAAAACUUAGCUUUGUCUUUCUUUCAUUUUUUCUUCUUCCCUGCUCGUUCAUAUUAGGAUAUGCAGAGUAAUCUUUAUCAUGGAUAAUAUUAAGCAGUACUACACAACAGUUUUCAGUGUUGUAUAUUCUUCAUGUGGUUAUUAUCUUGCUGCUGGCAGUAACUAUGGGACCAUAGCCAUAUUCAAUUUAUCUCCUUUGAUGGAAGAUGAUGAAGAUUUUCAGGCUGAUCCAUCUCAAAAAUAUCCUAUUUUUAAAUUUGCUGCCCAUUCUAGUCCGAUUUAUUCUUUGGUAUCUUCAAAGCAACUUAUUAUAAGUGGAAGUGUUGGUGAAAUAAAAGCUUGGAAAUGGUCGGAUGUAAAAAGAAGGGAGGCAAAAUGUCUUUGGACUUUCACCAUUCCUCAGGGUGAAAAUCUAACAAAACCUGAGGGGAAUGCCAUGGUUCUUAGUAAUAAGGAGGAAGAAGGAAUUCUUUAUGCUGGUUGUGGUGAUUCCAAAUUAUACUGUUUAGAUAUUGAGACAAGGUCAUUAAAG